AGCGCCCUCAGAUAUGGAGACUAGAAGCUUGCAAAAUAGUGCCAUUUUCUUUCUUUUAACUGCUUUCGGCCUUUUUGGUCAUUGUGUUGCUCAUGAUUUGGGUAAUAUAAUUAGUCUUGAGGAUGAGGUCCAUGUGGGGGUGAUUCUGGAUAUGGGAUCAAAGGAGGGGAAGAUUGUUUACAGUUGUAUUUCCAUGGCAGUUUCGGAUUUCUACGAGAUGCACAAUAACUACACCGCAAGGUUACAUCUUCACGCAAGGGACUCCAAAGGAAAACCUCUCCAUGCUCUCUCUGCUGCUUUUGACCUCUUAGAUAACGUUAAAGUAGAAGCAAUCAUUGGGGCACAAACUGGAAAGGAAGCAAAGUUCUUGGCAGAGUUAGGAGACAAAGCAGAAGUUCCUGUAAUUUCUCUUUCUGAACCAACUUCUUGUCUGCCCUUUGGUAAGUAUCCUUUCUUUAUUCAGAGCACACAAGAUGUCGAAACUUGUCAAUUUAAGGGUAUUGCUGCUAUGGUUAAUGCUUUCAAGUGGAGGGAUGUCAUACUUAUUUACGAGGACACAGAUUUCGGGAGAGAUAUCCUACCAUAUAUGGUUGAUUCCAUUCAUGAAAAUGGUAUUAAUAUUACAUAUAAUUCUGCCAUUUCUGACUCAUGCACAGAUGAUAAUGUUGUUGAAGAGCUCCACAAACUUAUGGAAUUUCAAACUAAAAUGUUCAUUGUGCAUAUGUCAAAAGUUCUCGUGUCCAAACUUCUCAUCAAUGCAGAAGGUUUGGGAAUGAUGAGUGAAGGGUAUGCUUGGUUUCUGACAGCAACUACCAUGAACCUCUUCACUUCUGUGGACCCCUCUGUAAUUGCGUCAAUGCAAGGUCUAGUUGCUUUAAAGUCUUAUAUUCCAGAAUCAAAACAUCUUCACAAUUUGACUUUAAGACUUACAAGGAAGUUUUCCAUUGAGGAGUCCAACAUAAAAGUAAGAGAGCCAAGUGCUUUUGGGAUUUGGGCGCAUGAUUCAACUUGGGCUCUAGCAGAAGCAUUUGAGAGGAUAAAGGAUUAUAAUGAACUCUCUUUACGCAUGAAAAAUGGUUCAUUACUUAUGGAGGAGAUUUUAAGAAGUAGAUUUACGGGUUUAAGUGGUGACUUUCAGCUUGUAAAUGGAAAAUUAGUCUCAAACUCAUUUGAAAUAGUCAAUGUUAGAAGUAAUGGGGAAAUUAGAAGGGUGGCAUUUUGGAGUUGCACAGAAGGAGCAACUAGGAGAAGACAUUUAUCAUCUGUUGAUGAUCUUGAAGAGCCCGUCAUAUGGCCUGGAGGCUCAAUAACUAUCCCAAAAGAUGUAACAAUCACAGGGGAGAGGUCCUUGUAUGUUGAUUUUACCAUACCAUAUACAGAAACAGGCAAUGUUGUUAUGGUGGUACGAAACGAGCACAACAACAAAAACAUGUGGAUUUUCUUGAGACCUCUUUCAGCAGAACUUUGGAUUACAGCAGCAGGUUUCUUUAUCUUGACGGGGUUUUUUGUGUGGGUAAUUGAGCAUCCCAUCAACCAAGAGUUCCAAGGCUCAUUAUCCCAGCAAAUUGGGACGAUGUUAUCGUUCGGCUUUUCGACCCUUGUUUUUGCUCAUAGGUAGAGGUUGUUGAACAACUUAUCAAAGUUCAUAGUGAUCGUGUGGGUGUUUGUAGUGCUUGUACUGACAAAUAGCUACACUGCAACUUUAACUUCAACGAUGACAGUUCAACAAAUUCAGUUAAACCCAAAUGGCAAUUACUUAGGAUGUCAAGCCAAUUCAUAUAUUCAAAGUUCUCUUUUAAGCUUAAACUUCGAAGGAUUGAAGCCAUAUGAUUCACCUCAAGCAUAUGCAGAAGCUUUGUCCAAAGGUGGUAAGCAUGGUGGUGUUUUUGCUAUAAUUGAUGAGGUUCCAUCCAUGAAGAUCUUCAUUGAAAGGUAUCCCGGUGACUACACAAUAAAGAUGAUGCCCAUGUCUGACAUCAAUGGUUUUGGCUUUGGUUUUCGUAAAGGGUCACCUUUGAUCCAGAACAUGUCAAAAGCAAUCUAUGAACUGAGGGAUACAGGAAAGUUAGUAGAGCUGGAAAGGAAAUGGUUUGUUUACAGUCUGUUAUCUCUAACUGCUUCUGACGAUUCUGCAAAUGACCCUCAUGCUCUUAGUCUCGAUAGCUAUCAUGGUUUAUUCCUUAUUAGUGGGGUUUCUUCAACUUUGGCACUUUUCUUAUUCUUUGGUUUUUCCAUUGAAGAAAAGAUGGGUAAUCUCAAGGAUUACAAAUUUGUACAGCUUCUAUUGCAAUUGCAGAGUGUGAGAAGGUACCUCUCCGAGAAGACUUCUGAUGGAAACAACGAUAUUAGUGUAUGA